AUGCCACAAUCAUUUACUUCAAUUGUUAAAAUGGGUGAUUUCAUUUUGAAAUCACCCUCUUUGUCUAAGAUCUGUGUUCCAGUUGCUAAUCAGUUUAUUAAGUACUCAGGUUACAGAAAAUUGGGUUUGAAAUUCGAUGAUUUAAUAGCUGAAGAAUCUCCAUUGAUGCAAAAAGUAUUGACUAGAUUACCAGAAGAUGAGUCUUAUGCUAGAGUCUAUAGAAUUAUUAGAGCUCAUCAGACUGAGUUGACUCAUCACUUGUUGCCAAAAACUCAAUGGAUUAAGGCUGAAGAAGAUGUUCCUUAUUUGUUACCUUACAUUUUAGAAGCUGAAGCAGCUGCUAAGGAAAAGGAUGAGUUAGAUAACUUAACUGUUACAAAAUAG